AUGACGACCACCGCAUCCACGGACGGGAGAGUCGACACCGAUCCGAGGCUGCCGUCACCACGGCGCCGCGUGUGCUUCUCCUUCGCCGCCUACGCUAAGGCCGUCGUCGCCCACCUCCGCGCCUCCGGCGUUCCAGUCGCCCCCGGCCUCUCUGACGCCGAAUUCGCCGCCGUCGAGUCUGCCUACGGCUUCAAAUUCCCACCCGAUAUCCGCUCCGUCCUCUGCGAAGGCCUUCCCGUUGGCCCCGGAUUUCCCAAUUGGCGGUCAGCCUCGCCGCAGCAGCUCCGCCUGCUCCUCGGCCUCCCCGCCACCAGCAUCCUCCACGAGGUCACCUCGGGGGGCUUCUGGCCCAGGGCAUGGGGCCCGAGGCCACAGGACCCCAGCGUCGCAGUUGCCGCUGCUAAGGUCGUACUGCGCCGGGCCCCAUCUCUCGUACCGAUCUACCGGCACUUCUACAUGCCCGCUUCGCCGAGCCUCCCUGGGAACCCGGUGUUCUACGUACGAGGCGGCGACGUCAGGCCUGCGGGACUCGACCUCGCGGACUUCUUUCAGCGCGAGCGGCCGCGGGGGUGGACGGCGGGUGCCCUGGCGCCGGCUUGGGUGGCGACGUCGGCCAGGACGGUGGAGGUUUGGACGGAGCUGUCGGAAGAGAAGGCGUGGCAGGAGCGGAAGCGGGGCGGCUCGCCGUGGGAGGUUAGGGUGGAUGAGAUGCUGAAGCAGGCGGGGCAGCGGCUGAGAGAAGGGGGAUGGAGGGACGAGGAGGUGGGGGAGAUGGUUUUGUGGGGAUCAGACGGGUACGGGAUUGGGGCGUUCGCCGCGGCUGACCCGGCGGCAGUGCUGAGAGACCAGGAGGGCGUGCUGCGUCAGCUGCAGCUGCUCUCCCUCGCGUUGCUUCGCAGCGGGUGGGGCGCCGACGACGUGGUCGAGUCAAUGGGGUGGGCGCGCGUGGAGGGAAGCGAGGGCGAUUACGGUGACAUGGUAUGUAGAGACACACAUCCAGAUGGCGCCACACCAGUGGACACGAUUUAA